CACCCGACCACACCACCCCGAGCAUCUCCCUCUCGCCGAAUCCUCUGUCCUGUUCGAAAGACAAACCGCAAUCAUGGUGUACGUGCGACAAGAAAAGCUUCCGAACCUGAAGCAGUAUAAAUACUCCGGCGUCGACCACUCGCUCCUGUCGCGAUACGUGAUGAAGCCAUUUUACACAAAUAUAGUGAUAAAAUGCUUCCCCAUGUCGAUGGCGCCGAAUCUGAUCACGUUGAGUGGAUUCAGCUUCGUGGUGGUCAAUCUAUUGACGCUACUGUGGUAUAAUCCGACGCUGGAUCAGGAUUGCCCGCCCUGGGUGUAUGCCAGUUGGGCUGUGGGAUUGUUUUUGUAUCAGACGUUUGAUGCCGUUGAUGGCUCGCAAGCACGACGAACCCAUCAGAGCGGACCGCUCGGAGAGCUUUUCGAUCACGGCGUUGAUGCUGUCAACACAUCCCUCGAAGUUCUGAUAUUUGCUGCCUCGCAGAAUCUGGGAAUGGGCUGGAAGACAGUCAUGACUUUAUUCGCAUCCCUCCUAACCUUCUAUGUUCAAACCUGGGACGAGUACCACACCAAGACUCUCACUCUCGGCUUGAUUUCUGGGCCCGUCGAAGGAAUUCUAAUCCUGGUUGCCGUCUACGCAUUCACAGCUAUCAAGGGAGGGGCCAGCUUUUGGCAGCAAGCCAUGUUCCCAACCGUGGGCAUUCCGAAAUACGCAUUCAUUCCCGAAUAUAUAUACAACCUUCCAUUCAAUGAGUGGUAUAUGGUGCAGGGUGGAUUUGUUCUGGUGUUGAAUACCAUCCAAUCUGCUCAAAAUGUCAUCAAAGUCCGCCGAGCCCGUGGUGACAGGUCUCGCGGUGCUCUCCUCGGCCUCGUCCCCUUCUUCGUGACCUGGACCCUUAUCCCCGUAUACCUCUCCCUCAACCCCGAAAUCCUCCACAACCAUCUCGUUCCCUUUGUCUUCUUUGCAGGCUUAGUAAAUGCAUAUUCGGUUGGGCAAAUCAUCACAGCACAUCUCGUCAAGCUCGACUUCCCAUACUACAACGUCCUCGUCCUGCCAAUUGCGUAUGGGGUAUUCGAUUCUUUAGGACCAUUUUUGCAGCGACACCUUGGGCUUGGAUGGCCGAGUGCGCUUGGAGAUGGCGGAUAUCAAGUUGCAUAUGCCUUCUGCAUGUUAGGCAUGGCUAUCGGAGUUUAUGGAAGCUUUGUGGUUGAUGUCAUCGUUACGAUUUGCGAUUAUCUCGAUAUCUGGUGCUUGACCAUCAAGCACCCAUGGAAUGAAGAGGAAGAGGCGAAGAAGGCACAGUAAAGGCGAGCGAAUGAUACCCAUUAAAGUAGGAAAACGAAAGGGAUGGAGCAUGGAGCAUGGUGGUUAUAUGCAUGCGUGGGAGUCCCGAUCUGUUUGGUCCGUUCAUACGAUUCGAUGUCCAUAUUUUGGUUUACGAACAAGGGGUGGAAGGUAAUGCGUGUAUUUUGAAAUGGAAGCGGUCAUCUCAGGACCGUAACGCGCUUGCUAAUCGGUGCUUCUUUUCCACACCCUGACCUGCUCAAGCGAGGAAACUUUCAAAUCUAGUCCAGAUGUCUUUGUGCCAAUUUAAUAAGCGGGGGUGCUCCCGCUAGAUCUCCAGUUUCUUUCUGUCUAUCCUACUGUGUUUUAUCGAGAAGAAGCGUCUCCAUACUCAUCCCCGGUCUCCUGGAGAUUCACCUCCGCAAAAGAACGUCCUCUUCCAAACACGUUCUCUAAGUACC